AAAUAGGUGAUUAGCUGCUAAGCGGGAAAGAGAUGAGAAAAAAAAGAAAAAGAAAAAAGAUUCAAAAAUAAUAUUUCUUUUAUGCAAUUUUAUAUGCUUGGAAGCAUUCAAAAUAUUUUUAAUUAAAAAAUAAAGAUCUGACAGUUUCCUUUUUUUUUAUUUUUAUUUUUAUUUAUAAUAUUAUUGUAACUUGGCUAUAUCUUCACUUUAAAGGAUGCUCUGCUCUCUUUACUUCACCAAGCUCUGCUCCCCAUAAGCAUCUCUACAGAGAAAGAAAGAAAGAAAGAAACGAAAGAGAAAUAGUUCAUCACAUGAAAUGGCCACAACCCAAGCUUCAUGUUGUAACCAAACAGAUGACGAUUACAUAGACAUGGAAGUAAGCAGCUCAUCUUCUUCUUCAGCCUUUUUCUGCUACUCCAUUAGCUCACCACCACAAACCAGAGAGUUUGAGUUCCAAAUGUCCACAGUUUCUCAUGACAAAGAGCUCACUACUUCACCAGCUGAUAUUCUUUUCUACAAAGGAAAACUCCUUCCUCUUCACCUCCCUCCUCGCUUACAAAUGGUUCAGAAUAUCCUCCGAACUUCAAACACAAAACCAGAAGAAGAAGAAGAAGGAUUUGAAGUAGCUUACAGGAUUCCAAGCUUCAUUAAUGGUUCAACUACUCCUUCCUCUACCAAUACAAGCACUCCAUUGGAAUCCUGCAGCAUUUCUCCAUCCGAAUCUUGCCGGGUCAGUUGCGAACUGAACCCUGAUGAUGAAUAUCUCUCCGAAUGGGCUACUGAAAUGAGUGUCUUUAUUGGAGAUCAUCGACCAAAGAAGCUUUCAUGGUCUACAAAGCUGAAGCAGAUCAAACAAUCUUCUCUGGGACAAAAGAUCAAACAGUCGAGGGCAUAUCUCAAAUCCUUGUUCAGUAAAUCAGGUUGCAAUUCAGAUGGUUCUUGCGCUAAAACAGCAUGCUAUGCAGACGAAUCGCAGAGCAUUUCAAGAGGGAAAAAUAGUAUUAACAACUACUCGAACAUGAACAAGAAAAACCCAUUUGGAAGAAUCAACAAUGGUAGAUACCAGAUAUCAACCACAUUGAUGAAGAGCAUAGAGAAUGAAAUGGCUGCUGAUAAUCAUCAUCAUCAGGAGGGUCUUCACAGUCAGAGAAGGUCAUUCUCUGGUGUGAUUCCGAGGCAGUAUUCAGGAACCAAAUCUUCAGGUUCAUCGUCAACUACAUCUACAUCUUCAUCUGGAUCUUCUUCAUCAUCUUCUUCUUUCUCGUUCAGCUCAAAUGGGUCUUGUUAUGAUUCACAGCUGCUGAAGAGAAGUAGUAGUGCGAGUUCAGAGAUUGAAAGCUCCAUUGAAGGAGCUAUAGCUCACUGCAAACAGUCAAACCAGGUUGUUGUUGGUUCGAGAAAGAUUGUUAAUGGUGGAAAUCAAAGUGGCGUUUGUUCAAUAUUGUCUGCUUCAAGGAUUGGAGGGGUUUGUGCGGAUCAAGAUAGACCAGGACUGUGCCGCAUCUAAUGGGGAUAAAGAAUCUCCAUGAAUGAGAGAGAGAGAGAGAGAGAGAGAGAGAGAGAGAGAGAACAGAAGGGAUUGAAAGAGACAAUAUUUGACAUGAUUCACAUGGAAAUUGCUGUUGAAACUUCUUUUGAAGUUGGAAGUCUUUAAAUGCAAAGCUAGAUUAUGAGAUUUUUUUUCUUUUUUUUUCUUUUUUAACCACUGUUGGAUUAGACCUUCAUGUGUGGAUUUGAAUUGAACCAGCUAAUUAAUUCAUGUUCUAUUGUUGUUAGUUUGUU